UGAUCAGCGGCUGUGUUGUUGACUGCAAGCGCAACAAACUCCUCCAGCGCGACGCCAUGUUGAACUGUCACGUGACUGCCAGAGCUCUUAAAGAAACAGUGCACUGGAUUCGCCGCGCACAUAGCAUGUGAGGCUCGCGCAGGUGUAAACAGACGAAACCGGACUCAAUCUCAGCCCAAAACAACUCUUGAAAUGCUGGAUUGUGUUUUAUGAGGGAUUCCAAGUUUUGAUUUACUCUCAAGACCAAGUGUAUGGACAUAAAUAUUGUGGGUCAAUCUGCACUGAUUUUUCAAGAUAGCAACAAUGUAUGAGAACGUACCGACAGUGUCUGCUUCUGAGCGGCAGCAGGUGCUCCAGGCCUUGGAAAGACUUCAGUCCAAGCUCGUGCAGAGAGAAGAGUGGACCCACAGCGACAGGCUCGGCACGCUGAAGGAAGCCCUGCAGAGCCCUCUGUUCGGCCACAUCCUCACCCUGCAGCACUCGGUCAAACAGCUUAAAGACCAGUUAAACAGCUUGCCUCCGGACACAUGCACCGAGUUCAGUUUCUCCAGGAAGGGUCAGCUGAUCGUCAGUGCGAGUCGUCCGUCCAGCAGCCUGGGGUCCGUGGUGUCCAACGGGACAGCUUCAACUAACGCAUCCUCUGAGCAGCUCCAGAGAUGGAUACAUGCAGCGGCAAAGGGAAGAAAGACCGAGCUAAUCAGCCUCCAGAAGCCGUUGUCUGGAGGUCUGGGUUUCAGUGUGGUCGGCCUGAGACCAGAGGGGGUCGGCAGUCACGGUGUGUUCGUCAGACAGGUUCAACAGGGGAGCGUCGCAGACAGGGAUGGAAGAUUGCAGGAAAACGAUCAGAUUCUGGCGAUAAACGGGAUUCCUCUGGAUCAGAGCGUGACGCAGCAGCAGGCCAUCGCUCUCCUCCAGCAGCAGAGAGACCGAGUGGAGCUGGUGGUGGCCAGAGACACUGCGGCCAGACCCAGACUCUCCACAUCUGGACCCAUUCAGACGGAUCAGUGGGGACACGUAGAGGAGAUAGAGCUGGUGAACGAUGGAUCUGGCCUGGGAUUCGGGAUUGUCGGAGGCAAGGCAACGGGAAUGGUGGUCAGGACCGUGGUGCCAGGCAGCGUGGCUGAUAAGGACGGGAGACUGAGAACGGGUGACCACAUCCUGCGCAUCGGUGAGACGUCCACUCGAGGUCUGGCCAGUGAGCAGGUGGUGCAGGUGCUGCAGGCCUGCGGUACUCAUGUGAGGAUGCUGAUCGCACGAGACCCUCUGGGGGCACCCCAACCUCCGCCUCCACCUCCACCUGCCCCCGCCACGGCCCCCGUGACCUCUCUGCCACCUCCACCUCCUGUGCCGUCCCGCAGGGGCAGCAAAACGCCAAAUUUGGAGGGCUACGAAAUCCACGAAGUUGCUUUAAAAAAGAAGGAAGGCCAGAGUCUCGGGAUCUCCAUAAUCGGACACAACGCUUUGACCACAAAGGAUGCGGUGGGGGUCUUCGUGAAGAACGUGGUUCCAGGCAGCGCCGCUGAGCAGAGCGGGAAAAUCCUUGUCCACGACAGGAUAAUAGCAUUGGAUGGCGUGAACCUCCAGGGAUUCACCAACCAGGAAGUCCUGGAGGUAAUGAAGCGGACGGGUGAUAUCGUACACCUUACCCUCAUUAGGAAGAUCAACUCACCCAAGAGGACGGCUGUAGAGAAAUCACUAGAUAAAGUCCAGAGAGAGUCGUCGCGUGUGUCUCUGAAGAGAUCGUCUGAGAUCAAGGCGCGGGCGGAUGUUCAGAGGGGCUCUGUAGUGGAGUCUAUGGACCCUGCUCUGAGUGGGAUCAAACAACAGCUGCAGGGGAAAAUGCAAGAGCCGGCCCCGCUGACGGAGAUGGAGCUUCGCGCUAAAUGGGAGCAGGCUCUUGGUCCACAUUACGAUGUUAUGGUUGUACAGCUUGACCCUGUUAUAGAUGAUGACAUUGAGCUGCAGAAGUAUUCUAAGCUUCUCCCAAUACACACAAUGCGCUUAGGCGUAGAGCUAGACUCUUUUGAUGGACAUCACUACAUUUCUACAGUGGCUCCUGAGGGACCAGUGGCAAAACAUGGGCUGCUUCGACCAGAGGAUGAACUUCUGGAGGUUAAUGACGUGCAAUUGUAUGGAAAAUCCAGACGAGAGGCUGUUGCAUUCCUCCGAGAGGUUCCUCCUCCCUUUACUUUGGUUUGCUGUAGACGUCUUGCUGAAGAGGAUAGUGAAUAUCAGCCUGAAUCUGAAGAGUGGCACUCAUCCAGCCCCUCAGCCAGCCUGCAGGAGCAGAUUGAGAAUAACCUCUCCAUGUUUGCCAAAGAUACAAGUCUACGUGACAGCAUGAGGGAAAAGUUUCAGGCCCGUCAGGCAACAGCAGUGGAGCAGGAGGCUAACGAUGAAGAAGAGGCCCUAGAGUCAAGCAGCCCUAAGAAAGAGCAGAUGGAGGAGGAGAAGGAUGAUGAAGAUGAAGAAGAGGAGGAGGAUGAAGGGGAAUUGGCUCUCUGGUCACCAAAUGUGCAGGUGGUAGAACUAGAGAAAGGAGAACGAGGUCUUGGCUUCAGCAUACUAGACUACCAGGGAAACGGUAUUGGCAGGAGAAAAGCAUGCCUUUGCUUUCGCAACUUCAUCAGGACUGUAAUAAAUGGCCGCCGCAUCGUGGCGAAACGGAGCGGAGAUCAUGUUUUAAUGGACCCUCUGGAUGUUGCGCGUUCAGUGAUCGUCAUCCGGUCUGUGGUGCCUGGAGGGGUGGCGGACAAUCACGGCGGGCUCCUCCCAGGUGACCAGCUGGUUUUCGUCAAUGACACUCAACUAGACACAUGCUCUCUGGCCCAGGCCGUAGAGGUUCUCAAAUCUGCCCCCCUUGGGAGAGUCUACCUUGGAAUCAGGAAACCGCUGGUGCCAGAGGACAGAGGUAUUGGGCAGCAGUCCUCUUGGCCUGUAGAGGGUGCCGAUGAGCAACCAGCAGCAAAGUUGGAUGUCACUCUACCACCUAUGCAAGAGGACUUUGGAAACGGCUCUGUGUUAUCUGAUGAUCUGGAUGAGGAGCCGGAGCUUAUCUUGGAUGCUGAGCCACGCUACGCCUCUCCUCUCACCACCAUUGAACUCCUGCCUGGCCUGGAGCGAGAGAUGGCUGUAGAUGAAGAUGAUGAAGAGCAGGAGAUGGAGGAUCAAGAGAGCCCCAAGGUCGACAGUCUGCCUUCAUACUUCAGUGAGAAGUCUCGCCCCUGGGAAGAACCAACACCGUCUUUCAGUUCCAACAGCCCCUAUCAGUUCAACACUCAACCUGAUACACAAGAACAGUUCACAGAAGAGGACAUUGAGCUUUGCACAAGCUUCGAGAAGAUUCACUUGCAGCUCCCGCAAAUUCCCCUCAGUCAGUCGGCCACGUGGAUAGAGGCGGCAGACAGCGAGGCAGACUCUGACUCCAGAAACGAAGGCUCAGAACUUACUUUGACUGACACAGACACUGAGUCUGCACAGCGCACUUCCUCUCGCAGCAGGAAGAGAAGAAACCAGGGGGCAGCCGGUUCAGGCAGGGAAGGCAACAGUGAUCUGCCUGAAAGAGAGGAGGGAGAAGGUGAGGAGACGCCCGCGUUCAGCCACUGGGGUCCGCCUCGCAGGGUGGAGGUGUUGCCACAGCCGGAGGAGUCUCUGGGUAUCAGCAUAGUGGGCGGCCGCACGGUUAUAAAGAGGCUGAAGAACGGCGAGGAACUAAAGGGCAUUUUCAUCAAACAGGUGCUGCCAGACAGCCCAGCUGGACGCACGGGUGCCCUUAAAACAGGAGACAAGAUCUUACAGGUUUGUGGAGUGGAUUUGCAGAACGCCAGCCAUGAGGAGGCAGUGCAGGCUAUCAAAGCAGCUUCCAGUCCCGUGGUCUUCAUCGUGCAGAGCCUGUCCUCCACUCCACGGCCUGUUUCAGUGAUGGCCUCCAGCAUUAGACAGCACAAGGCUAAGAGGAAAGUCGCCCAGCAGAAAGCAGGACAGACCACCAGCCCUCCACCCAUGCGCCUACCCCCACCUUACAGACCCCCCAGCCUAGUGCAGGAGGAGGAGCAACAGGAGGAAGAGAGGGAGGAUGAGGAGCAAGCUAAAGAGGUGAUCAGGCAGAGGUACGCGGACCUGCCGGGAGAGCUGCUGAUCGUGGAGCUGGAGAAGGACCGGAACGGCCUGGGACUCAGUCUGGCGGGGAACAGGGAUCGCUCCUGCAUGAGCAUCUUCGUGGUGGGGAUCACCGCCGGAGGACCGGCCAGCAGAGACACACGUAUCCGAGUGGGAGACGAGCUGUUAGAGAUAAACAACCAGGUGUUGUACGGCAGGAGCCAUCAAAACGCCUCGGCCAUAAUAAAAAGCGCAGCAUCAAAGGUCAAACUCGUCCUAGUCAGGAAUGAAGAUGCUAUCAAUCAAAUGGCUGUCGCUCCUUUUCCUUCCCAGCCUUCCUCAUUCUUCUCCAGUGAGACACAUCAAAAUACGCCAGCAGCUCCAGCUCCAGCAGAGAAGCCACAGUUACCCGAGAGCAGAAACUCACCCGAGACGCCCAUAAUCAAGGAUCAGCCCAGCGUGGUGCAGACGGAUCAGACGCAGAAGACUUUCAGAGAAGGAGAGUCGGCCUUAAAGAAGCUGAAAUCCUCAGAGAAGAUAUUGGAGCCCCCGAGCGAACAGUCGCCCAAGCCUCUCGCGGAGCAGAUCAGCGGUCUUCCAAAAAUCCAGAGGAGCUCCACCAGGCCCUCAGCCGGUUCUCUGGAGGUCACGUCCCCGGGGUCGUCCCUGCCGGUCCCCGGCACCAGCCCUGACUUCGAGUACUGCAGCAAAGGUGCAGCGGUCGCAGACCCUGCUACGUGUCCCAUAGUUCCAGGACAAGAGACUGUUAUUGAGAUUUCUAAAGGCCGCUCUGGACUGGGUCUCAGUAUAGUCGGCUGCAAAGAUACACAGCUGGAUGCCAUAGUGAUUCAUGAAGUGUACGAGGAGGGGGCGGCGGCGCGGGACGGCCGUCUCUGGGCCGGGGAUCAGAUUCUGGAGGUGAAUGGAGUAGAUCUGCGCAGCGUGGCUCAUGAAGAUGCAAUAGCUGCUCUCCGGCAGACACCGGCCAAAGUUCGGCUGACGGUCCUGCGCGACGAGGCACAAUACAGGGACGAGGAGAACCUUGACGUGUUUCGUGUUGAGCUUCAGAAGAGAACCGGACGCGGACUGGGCCUGAGCAUCGUCGGGAAGAGGAACGGUAAGGGUGUAUUUAUCUCGGAUGUGGUGAAGGGUGGAGCAGCUGAUCUGGACGGCAGACUGAUGCAGGGGGAUCAGAUCCUGUCUGUGGAUGGAGAGGACAUGAGACAGGCCUCACAGGAGACCGUUGCCGCCAUUCUCAAGUGCGCCAGGGGCAAGGUGCUGCUGGAGCUGGGCCGACUGAAGGCUGCCUCCUGGAUCUCCUCCAGACGCACCUCCCAGGGAAGUCAGAUGAGCCACGUGAGCGCCAACAGCAGCACCCCAACCCCCACGCCCCCUGCCGUGGUUCCGCCCCCCUCUCAAACCCUCAGCAACAACAGCAGAAACAUCACCGAGCCCAACAGCAAAAGCACAGCGACGGAGCCAGGUGUCCGGACAGUGGAGAUCACACGGGGUCCCACCGAUGCUUUGGGUGUCAGUAUAGCGGGCGGUAAGGGCAGUCCUCUGGGCGACAUCCCCAUCUUCAUCGCUAUGAUCCAGGCCAACGGUGUGGCUGCCAGGACACAUCGCCUCAAAGUAGGUGAUAGGAUUGUCAGCAUCAACUCUCAGUCUCUGGAUGGCUUGACUCAUGGGGACGUCGUAAAUAUGCUGAAGAAUGCUUACGGCACCAUCCUACUCCAGGUGGUUGCCGACACCAACAUCAGUGCCAUAGCCAGUCAGGUGGAGAGUCUGUCCACUAGCUCCACCCCCAGCACCAAUCCAGAGGUCCGGCCAGUGGAACCAGAGACGCCCAAGCCGAAGACCAUCACUCUGGAGAAGGGCUCAGAGGGGCUGGGCUUCAGCAUCGUGGGCGGCUUCGGGAGUCCACAUGGAGAUCUCCCCAUCUAUGUCAAAACCGUCUUCAGCAAGGGGGCGGCGGCGGUGGACGGCCGUCUGAAACGCGGCGAUCAGCUGCUGUCGGUCAACGGAGAGAGUCUGGAGGGCGUCACACACGAGCAGGCCGUGGCCAUACUGAAGAAGCAGAGGGGAAGCGUCACGCUGUCCGUCCUCUCCUAACUAAAGACUUCAUCCACACACACAUUCCAUACGCGCGUCUUAAGAGACUCUUUGCAUCGGCCGUUUUUCGGCCGCCUUGCUUCCUGAUUUGCACUCGAACGUUUCAACUCCGCCCUGUCGCUGUAUCGAAAUCGAUGAGAAAUGCUCGGAAAGGGAACUUUAUCGUAUCGUCUUUGUUUUAGUCACGGACACGUAGCCUCUCCAGCGGAUGAAUUACGGGGCAAUGUUAGAGAAGGUUAUUUUGAUGAAAUGAGUGCUGGUAACUCAAGACCAGGAGGAAAACUUAAAGUAGCAGACGCAUUAACAUCCUUUCAGUCCACAUACACAUCUAACACAACCUACGGACGAAGAGAGCAGAUGAACUGUGUGUAGAUGAAUAAUAAUAAGGGAUGACAGAUGUGCCUUGGAACGGGCAGAUCAGACUGUACUGGGAUGUUUUGUAUAGCUAGUGUUAGAUUUAUUAGGAUCAUUUCAAUCAGGUUCUUUACGUUGCAGGGUAGCUUCGUGAAUUUUUCGAGAAAUAGUUCGCCAGAAAAGAAAAAAAACACUUCUCUUUCUUACCCUUUCUUCUGUGGAGCUAAAAACGAGAUGUUUUGUAGAAUGUUCGCGCUGCUCUGUUCCAUACAGUUAAGGUGGACGGGGACCGGAGUUUUUUGCGAUUUAGAAAUGGCGAAAAUGUGCAUAAAAAUAUCGCAAAAGCUGCUUUGCGUUUUAAAAUAGCGGGGCAUAUUAAAAAUGUAAGUUGAUGUUCGCGAAAAAAAGUGAAAUUUCGGGCAAUUUUUCACACUAAGGUAUUAAUGUUUGCAAUUUUUCAUUUAAAAUGACCGCUGCUCUUUUCCUUAAAAAUGGAUGGAGACUGAUUUUAGAAAUUCAUAAAUGACAUUAUUACACUACAUGGAUGGCGAGUCGUGUGACAGAUUUCACAUCUUGUUGAGAUUUGUACGAUACUUCUGCGUGAGGAAUAUUUUUUUAGUUAGUUUUUUUUUGUUACUUUAAACUUCAGGCAAUUCAUGCACAACUAUUAUUUUGCGAGUACGCUUUCGCUUCAAAUUCAUCUCAGAAAUCCAAACGUUAUUUGCACAGAGCUGUCGUUUUGCUUGAAGUCUUAAAAAUAGCACGCGCCGUUGUUUUCGCCCAGUCCCCAUUCACUUUUAAUUGUAUGGGAAUAUCUCCUUUUAGGCUCCACAGUAGAAACGAAGCCAUGCGAGUGUGCAACAACACAAAUGAUGACAAUUUCAAUUCUUGGAAGAACUGUGGCGCUCUAUCAGUUUAUUAUAGUGUGUUGAGGUUCACAGAAAUGUUUUGUUUUUUUGUUUUUUUAAACAUUUUUGUAAUUCCAUUUGUAAUUCGAUUGCACACGUCUAUCAUUUCAGUGUAAAUAUGUAAUUUAUUUCCUGUUUUUAGGGCUUUUAUGCAUUGCUUUUGUCUUUAUGAAGAUGUCCCACACAUGCCAGUUUGACACCGCGUGUGUCUGCGUGUCACAAUAUGAGGAUAUCCUGUGUCAGUCUCUCUCCUAGAGGAAGUGUAGCAGGCUCUUCAGAGACUAUCAGGGCUCUCCAGGUUUUAGACCUCGUCCAGACCGUCUCUUCCACUAGGAUUUCGUAAGCACACCAUCAUACAAUGCCUCUUGAAUUUUCGUGCCAUGUGGACAGUAUGUUCUGAACUGUUCAGCGCUACGUCCCUUUAAAAAGAUUGCCUGUAUCUCCUAUGCCUGUCUUCCCCUUUUUCCUUAAAGAAAUGCAACGCCUCAGUCUGCUCCCUUCUGCUAGUUCUUUCCUUUUGGGCUGUGAACUACAAAAAACGGCUUCCACUCAGAUGACUCGAGUAGUUAGACCUUUAUAUCUGCCAUUUUUCUGUCGGUGUAAUGUUUUUAAAGUCCAAAGAAACCAUUUAGCUCCAUUCAUACAUUAGAUACAGGUCUUAGCCUGAAAUAAAGCUGAUUUAUUAACAUUUGCAAAACAAACAAGCGGUCGUUAUGUCUGUGACUUUAUUUUGGACGAGUAGAAUUUAUCUGAAGUGCCAGAAAAUAAAGUUAUUUUCAUUUUAA